CUGCUGUUAAUGAACAAUGUGUGAGAGCUGCGCCGAGCUGCUGGAGGUGUUAAAUGAGAUAUCUGUCAUUGAAGCUGGUGAUGGAUUGCAGCUCAGGAAAGAACAUGCGCUCAAGAUAUUUGCUUACAUCAAUUCCUGGACACAAAGACAAUGUCUAUGCUGUUUCAAGGAGUAUAAGCAUUUGGAGAUCUUUAACCAAGUAGUAUGUGCGCUUAUUAACUUAGUGAUUGCCCAAGUUCAAGCUCUACGGGACCAGCUCUGUAAACAUUGCACUAUUAAUAUAGAUUCAACAUGGCAAGAUCAGAAUAAUCAAGCUGAUGAGCCCCUGAAUGUAGAAAGAGAGUCUCAUGAAGAAGAAAAUGGAGAACGGCAAAAAUCUAUAGAGAAAAAAUUAGAUUCUGCAAGAACUUGUAUCCUGACAGAGGAGGACUCUGCAAAGAACACUGAUGCUUUUAGCUUAUGGAGCACUGAUGAGAAGGAAAAACUGUUGCUGUGUGUGGCAAAAAUCUUUCAGAUUCAGUUUCCACUGUACACUGCUUAUAAGCAUAAUACUCAUCCCACAAUAGAGGAUAUUUCUGCUCAAGAAAGCAAUAUAUUAGGGGCAUUUUGUGAUAUGAAUGAUGUAGAAGUACCAUUGCACUUGCUUCGUUAUGUUUGUCUGUUUUGUGGAAAAAAUGGCCUUUCCCUCAUGAAGGAUUGUUUUGAAUAUGGAACCCCAGAGACACUGCCAUUUCUUAUAGCACAUGCAUUUAUUACAGUGGUAUCUAAUAUCAGAAUAUGGCUACACAUCCCUGCUGUCAUGCAGCACAUUAUACCCUUUAGGACUUAUGUUAUCAGGUAUUUAUGUAAACUGUCAGACCAGGAGUUGCGACAGAGUGCAGCCCGGAACAUGGCAGAUCUAAUGUGGAGCACAGUUAAAGAACCGCUGGAUACAGCCUUGUGUUUUGAUAAAGAAAGUCUUGAUCUUGCAUUUAAGUACUUUAUGUCUCCCACUCUAACAAUGCGAUUGGCUGGACUGAGUCAAAUCACAAACCAACUUCAUACCUUCAAUGAUGUGUGUAAUAAUGAGUCAUUAGUUUCAGACACAGAAACGUCUAUUGCAAAAGAGCUUGCAGACUGGCUUAUCAGCAACAAUGUAGUUGAGCAUAUUUUUGGACCAAAUUUGCAUAUUGAGAUCAUCAAACAGUGCCAAGUGAUUCUGAAUUUUCUUGCAGCUGAAGGGAGACUUAGUACUCAGCAUAUAGACUGUAUUUGGGCUGCAGCACAGUUGAAGCAUUGUAGUCGUUAUAUACAUGACCUGUUUCCUUCUUUGAUCAAAAAUUUGGACCCUGUUCCACUUAGACAUCUUCUUAACCUUGUUUCUACUCUUCAUCCAAGUGCUCACACUGAACAGACCUUGUAUUUGGCAUCAAUGCUUAUAAAAGCACUGUGGAAUAAUGCACUAGCAGCUAAGGCUCAGCUGUCAAAACAAAGCUCAUUUGCAUCCUUAUUGAGUACCAAUCUCCCCAUGGGAAAUAAGAAAGAAGAAGAAGAGCUCAGAAGAGCAGCCCCUUCACCUUGGUCACCAGCAGCUAGCCCUCAGAGUAGUGACAACAGUGACACCCAUCAGAGUGGAGGCAGUGAUAUCGAAAUGGAAGAACAGCUUAUUAACAGAACGAAGCACGUACAGCAGCGACUUUCAGAUACAGAGGAAUCCAUGCAGGGAAGCUCUGAUGAGACAGCAAACAGUGGUGAGGAUGGCAGCAGUGGUCCUGGUAGUAGCAGUGGCCACAGUGAUGGAUCCAGUAAUGAAGCCAACUCCAGUCAUGCAAGCCAGUCUGCAGGAAGUCCGGGCAGUGAGGUGCAGUCAGAAGAUAUUGCUGAUAUUGAAGCUCUCAAAGAGGAGGAGGACGAAGAGGAAGAUGAUAGGGGUCAUAAUCCACAAAAAAGCACUAGGAGCACAGAUCUACGAGGCAGGAAACUGGAAUCACAAACAGGCAUUUGUCUGGGAGAUUCGCAAGGGGCAUCGGAGAGGAGUGGUGCAAACAAUGGGGCGGGGAAGGACCAUGUCUUUAACACUGACUCUGUGGCACCCGUGGAUAAUCGCAUUAGGAUGCUGGAUGCUUGUUCCCAUGCUGAGGACACAGAACAUGAUAUGACGGGGGAAAUGAGCACGGCUCACAUUUCUCAAGGGUCUCAAGACUCCUGUAUAACUCAUACAGGGGACUUCCUGGGGGACACUAUUGGAAAUGAGUUAUUUAAUUGUCGACAGUUCAUUGGGCCACAGCAUCACCACCAUCACCACCACCACCACCAUCACCACGAUGGACACAUGGUUGAUGAUAUGCUAAGUGCAGAUGAUGUCAGUUGCAGUAGUUCCCAAGUCAGUGCAAAAUCAGAGAAAAAUAUGGCUGAUUUUGAUGGGGAAGAGUCUGGCUGUGAAGAAGAACUUGUACAAAUUAAUUCACAUGCAGAGCUAACAUCUCAUCUUCAGCAGCACCUUCCAAACCUUGCCUCUAUCUAUCACGAGCAUCUUAGUCAAGGACCAGCAGUUCAUAAGCAUCAAUAUAAUAGCAAUGCGGUGACGGACAUUAAUUUGGAUAAUGUUUGUAAGAAAGGAAAUACCCUUUUGUGGGAUCUGGUCCAGGAUGAAGAUGCAAUUCAUCUCUCUGAAGGAUUAAUAAAUGAAGCAGAGAAGCUGCUCUGUUCUUUAGUAUGCUGGUUCACUGACAGACAGAUUCGAAUGAGAUUUAUUGAAGGCUGCUUAGAAAAUUUAGCAAACAACAGAUCAGUAGUAGUUUCCCUUCGUCUUCUUCCAAAGCUGUUUGGUACGUUUCAACAAUUUGGGAGCAGUUAUGAUACACAUUGGAUAACAAUGUGGGCAGAAAAAGAACUUAACAUGAUGAAACUUUUCUUUGAUAAUUUGGUACACUACAUUCAGGCAGUGAGAGAAGGACGACAUAAACAUGCAUUAUAUAGCCACAGUGCAGAAGUUCAGGUUCGUCUUCAGUUCCUGACAUGUGUGUUUUCAACUCUAGGAUCACCAGAUCAUUUCAGGUUAAGUUUAGAACAAGUGGACAUAUUAUGGCAUUGUUUAGUAGAGGAUUCUGAAUGUUAUGAUGAUGCACUACACUGGUUCUUAAAUCAAGUCCGAAGUAAAGAUCAGCAUGCUAUGGGUAUGGAGACCUACAAGCAUCUUUUCCUAGAAAAGAUGCCACAGCUAAAACCUGAAACUAUCAGUAUGACUGGUCUAAACCUCUUCCAACAUUUGUGUAAUUUGGCUCGGCUGGCUACAAGUGCAUAUGAUGGUGGCUCAAACUCAGAGUUGUGUGGCAUGGACCAAUUCUGGGGUAUUGCUCUAAGAGCACAGUCGGGUGAUGUCAGUCGAGCAGCUAUCCAGUACAUCAACUCUUAUUAUAUUAAUGGUAAAACUGGUCUUGAAAAAGAACAAGAAUUUAUUAGUAAGUGUAUGGAGAGUCUGAUGAUAGCUUCUAGUAAUCUUGAGCAAGACUCUCACUCAAGUCUCACAAUUAUUGAAAGAGGUCUCUUAAUGCUGAAGACACACCUGGAAGCUUUUAGGAGAAGGUUUGCCUAUCAUCUGAGACAGUGGCAGAUCGAAGGCACUGGUAUCAGCAGUCACCUAAAGGCACUGAGUGACAAGCAGUCAUUACCACUAAGAAUUGUAUGUCAGCCAGCUGGACUUCCUGACAAGAUGACUAUUGAAAUGUAUCCUAGUGAUCAGGUGGCUGAUCUACGGGCAGAAGUUACCCAUUGGUAUGAAAACUUGCAGAAGGAACAGAUAAAUCAACAAGCACAGCUUCAGGAGUUUGGCCAAAGCAGCCGCAAAGGAGACUUCCCUGGUGGCCUCAUGGGACCUGUGAGAAUGAUUUCAUCUGGACACGAGCUGACAACUGAUUAUGAUGAAAAAACUCUUCAUGAGCUGGGUUUUAAGGAUAUGCAGAUGGUGUUUGUAUCACUGGGUGCACCAAGGAGAGAACGCAAAGGUGAAGGUGUUCAGCUUCCAGCAUCUUGUCUACCUCCCCCUCAAAAGGACAACAUUCCAAUGCUUUUACUUUUGCAAGAACCUCAUCUUACAACCCUUUUUGAUUUGCUAGAGAUGCUUGCCUCUUUUAAGCCUCCUUCUGGAGAAAUGGUUAUGGAAGACAGUGAGAGUGCAAGAUGUGAAGAGCUCCACCUCCAUGCAGAAAACUUAUCAAGACGUGUCUGGGAACUGUUAAUGCUUCUACCAACGUGCCCUAAUAUGUUACAGGCAUUCCAAAGUAUUUCGGAUGAGCAGGGUAAUGAUGGCUUUAGUUGGAAGGAUCUUCUGCGAAUAAAAAGUGCCCAUAAACUUUUGUAUGCGCUUGAGAUUAUCGAAGCUCUGGGAAAGCCCAAUAGAAGAAUAAGGCGUGAAUCUACGGGGAGUUACAGUGAUCUUUACCCAGAUUCAGAUGAUUCAAGUGAAGAUCAGAUAGAAAACAGUAAAAACACGUGGAGCUGCAAGUUUGUUGCUGCUGGAGGGCUCCAACAGUUACUAGAAAUUUUUAAUUCGGGAAUCUUAGAACCUAAAGAACAGGAAUCAUGGACUGUGUGGCAGCUAGAUUGUCUUGCAUGCUUGCUGAAACUGAUAUGCCAGUUUGCAGUUGAUCCUUCGGAUCUGGAUUUAGCUUACCAUGAUGUCUUUGCCUGGUCUGGUGUGGCAGAGAGUCAUAGAAAAAGAACGUGGCCAGGCAAAUCAAGGAAGACUGCAAGUGAUCAUGCGAAGGGCCUUCAUAUACCUCGUUUAACAGAGGUGUUUCUUGUACUUGUCCAGGGAACCAGUUUGAUUCAGCGACUUAUGUCAGUAGCUUAUACAUAUGACAACUUGGCACCUAGGGUGUUGAAAGCUCAGUCUGAUCACAGAUCAAGACAUGAAGUUACACAUUAUUCAAUGUGGCUUUUGGUGAGUUGGGCCCACUGCUGUUCCUUGGUGAAAUCCAGUCUGGCAGACAGUGAUUAUUUGCAAGACUGGCUGAAGAAACUUACCCUUCUUAUUCCAGAGACUGCCGUCCGCCAUGAGUCUUGUAAUGGUUUAUACAAAUUAUCUCUCUCUGGUCUUGAUGGAGGAGACUCAAUUAAUCGGUCCUUUCUGCUGCUGGCUGCAUCAACAUUAUUAAAAUUCCUMCCUGAUGCUCAGGCUCUAAAGCCUAUCCGGAUAGAGGAUUAYGAAGAGGAACCAGUGUUACGGCCAGGUUGUAAAGAAUAUUUUUGGUUGCUGUGCAAACUGAUUGAUAACAUACAUGUGAAAGAUGCAAGUCAGACCACACUGCUUGAUUUAGAUGCACUUGCAAGACACCUUGCAGACUGCAUUCGGAGCAGAGAAAUCCUUGACCAUCAGGAUGGUAAUAUAGAAGAUGAUGGACUUACAGGACUGCUUCGUCUUGCAACAAGUGUUAUUAAACACAAACCACCCUUUAAAUUUUCUCGGGAGGGGCAGGAGUUUCUAAGAGACAUCUUCAAUCUCCUGUUCUUGCUGCCAAGUCUAAAAGACAGACAACAGCCAAAAUGCAAGUCACAUUCUUCAAGGGCUGCUGCUUACGACUUACUGGUAGAAAUGGUAAAGGGGUCUGUGGAAAACUACAGGCUGCUCCACAACUGGGUUAUGGCACAACAUAUGCAGUCUUCCCAUGCACCUUACAAGUGGGAUUAUUGGCCACACGAUGAUGUUCGAGCUGAAUGUAGGUUUGUUGGCCUAACUAAUCUUGGAGCAACUUGUUACUUGGCAUCCACUAUUCAGCAACUGUAUAUGAUUCCUGAGGCCAGGCAAGCAAUCUUUACUGCAAAGUAUUCGGAAGAUAUGAAACACAAGACCACUCUGCUGGAGCUCCAGAAAAUGUUUACCUAUUUAAUGGAAAGUGAGUGUAAGGCAUACAAUCCAAGGCCUUUUUGUAAAACCUAUACCAUGGAUAAGCAGCCACUCAACACUGGAGAGCAGAAGGAUAUGACUGAAUUCUUUACUGACCUAAUAACAAAAAUAGAAGAAAUGUCUCCAGAACUGAAAAAUACAGUGAAAAGUCUAUUUGGAGGUGUUAUUACAAACAACGUUGUUUCUUUGGACUGUGAGCAUGUUAGUCAGACUGCUGAAGAGUUCUAUACAGUAAGAUGCCAGGUGGCAGAUAUGAAGAAUAUUUAUGAAUCUCUUGAUGAAGUAACCAUUAAAGAUACCUUGGAAGGUGACAACAUGUACACAUGUUCUCAUUGUGGGAAAAAAGUGCGGGCUGAAAAAAGGGCAUGCUUUAAGAAACUACCUCGUAUCUUAAGCUUCAACACAAUGAGAUAUACAUUUAAUAUGGUAACCAUGAUGAAGGAGAAAGUCAAUACACAUUUUUCAUUCCCUUUGCGUUUGGAUAUGACACCUUACACAGAAGAUUUCCUCAUGGGAAAAAAUGACAGAAAAGAAGGUUUUAAGGAAGAUGGCGAAUAUUCAAAAGAAACAGAAACUGAGAGUUACGAGUAUGAUUUGAUAGGCGUGACAGUUCAUACAGGAACAGCAGAUGGUGGACAUUACUACAGUUUUAUUAGAGAUAUAGUCAAUCCCCAUGCUUACAAAAACAACAAAUGGUAUCUUUUCAACGAUGCUGAAGUAAAACCAUUUGAUUCUGCCCAGCUUGCCUCUGAAUGUUUUGGUGGAGAAAUGACUACAAAAACAUACGAUUCUGUGACUGAUAAAUUUAUGGACUUCUCCUUUGAAAAGACACACAGUGCUUACAUGCUGUUUUAUAAGCGGAUGGAACCAGAGGAGGAAAAUGGCAAAGACUACAAAUUUGAUGUUUCAUCAGAAUUGCUGGAGUGGAUAUGGCAUGAUAACAUGCAGUUUCUUCAAGACAAGAACAUUUUUGAGCAUACAUAUUUUGGGUUUAUGUGGCAGUUAUGUAGUAGCAUCCCAAGCACACUACCGGAUCCAAAAGCUGUAUCUCUGAUGACAGCAAAGUUAAGCACUUCCUUUGUACUGGAGACAUUUAUCCAUUCAAAAGAAAAGCCUACCAUGCUUCAGUGGAUUGAACUGUUAACAAAACAAUUUAAUAACAGUCAGGCAGCUUGUGAGUGGUUUUUGGAUCGUAUGGCAGAUGAUGAUUGGUGGCCAAUGCAGAUCCUAAUAAAGUGUCCCAAUCAGAUUGUGAGACAGAUGUUCCAACGUUUGUGUAUUCACGUGAUACAGAGACUGAGRCCGGUGCAUGCACAUCUUUAUCUCCAGCCAGGAAUGGAAGACUGUUCGGAUGACAUGGAUGGUCCUGUGGAAGACAUUGGCAGUCGCUCUUGCGUCACUCGCUUUGUGAAGACUCUCUUGUCAAUCAUGGAGCAUGGGGUUAAGCCUCACAGUAAACAUCUAACAGAAUACUUUGCCUUUCUUUACGAAUUUGCCAAAAUGGGAGAAGAGGAAAGCCAGUUCUUGCUUUCACUGCAAGCCAUAUCAACAAUGGUCCAUUUCUAUAUGGGAACUAAAGGACCUGAAAAUCCACAAGUUGAAGUACUUUCUGAGGAAGAAGGGGAGGAAGAGGAGGAAGAGGAAGAUAUACUUUCUUUAGCAGAAGAAAAAUACAGGCCUGCUGCACUUGAAAAGAUGAUUGCCUUGAUUGCUCUUCUAGUUGAACAGUCUCGCUCAGAAAGGCAUUUAACUUUGUCGCAAAACGACAUGGCAGCAUURACAGGAGGAAAGGGUUUUCCUUUUUUGUUUCAACAUAUCCGCGAUGGUAUCAACAUUAGGCAAACUUGCAACCUCAUUUUCAGUUUGUGCCGGUACAAUAAUCGACUCGCAGAACAUAUUGUGUCCAUGCUUUUCACAUCUAUAGCAAAGUUGACUCCUGAGGCAGCCAAUCCUUUCUUCAAAUUGCUGACCAUGUUAAUGGAAUUUGCUGGUGGACCCCCAGGAAUGCCGCCCUUUGCUUCUUACAUUCUGCAGAGGAUAUGGGAGGUCAUUGAAUACAACCCAUCUCAGUGCCUGGAUUGGCUGGCUGUGCAAACACCUCGAAACAAGCUAGCUCACAGCUGGGUGCUGCAAAAUAUGGAAAACUGGGUUGAACGUUUUCUUCUGGCACAUAACUAUCCUCGAGUGAGAACUUCUGCAGCCUAUCUCUUGGUGUCACUUAUUCCAAGCAAUUCGUUCCGUCAGAUGUUCCGAUCCACCCGCUCCUUGCACAUCCCCACACGUGAUCUGCCUCUCAGCCCAGAUACUACAGUAGUGCUUCAUCAAGUCUACAAUGUGCUUCUUGGCCUUCUUUCAAGAGCUAAGCUGUAUGUUGAUGCUGCUGUUCAUGGCACUACAAAACUGGUGCCCUACUUCAGUUUCAUGACAUACUGUUUGAUCUCAAAAACUGAGAAACUCAUGUUUUCCUCRUACUUCAUGGACUUAUGGAAUCUUUUCCAGCCUAAGCUUUCUGAGCCGGCGAUAGCCACCAACCACAAUAAACAGGCUUUGCUGUCUUUUUGGUACAACGUGUGUGUAGACUGUCCCGAGAACGUACGCCUUAUUGUACAGAAUCCAGUGGUGACAAAGAACAUUGCCUUCAAUUACAUCCUUGCAGACCAUGAUGAUCAGGAUGUGGUGCUCUUCAACCGUGGGAUGCUCCCUGCCUACUAUGGCAUCCUGCGCCUCUGCUGUGAGCAGUCCCCUGCGUUCACCAGGCAGUUGGCUUCUCACCAGAAUAUCCAGUGGGCCUUCAAGAAUCUCACGCCGCACGCCAGCCAGUACCCAGGAGCAGUAGAAGAACUGUUUAACCUCAUGCAGCUAUUUGUAGCUCAGAGACCAGACAUGAGAGAGGAAGAGACAGAAGAUAUAAAGCAGUUUAAGAAAACUACCAUAAGCUGUUACUUGCGUUGCUUGGAUGGACGGUCUUGUUGGACUACUUUAAUAAGUGCCUUCAGAAUAUUAUUAGAAUCGGAUGAAGACAGACUUCUUGUUGUGUUUAAUAGAGGAUUGAUUCUGAUGACUGAGUCCUUUAACACGUUGCACAUGAUGUACCAUGAGGCCACAGCCUGCCAUGUGACUGGAGAUCUGGUAGAGCUUCUGUCUAUAUUCCUUUCAGUUCUAAAGUCAACCCGUCCAUAUCUUCAGAGAAAAGAUGUGAAGCAAGCUCUGAUUCAAUGGCAAGAGCGAAUUGAGUUUGCCCAUAAACUCUUAACUCUAUUAAAUUCAUAUAGUCCUCCAGAACUCAGAAAUGCUUGUAUUGAUGUCCUCAAGGAGCUUGUACUUUUAAGUCCUCAUGAUUUCCUACAUACUCUGGUUCCAUUUCUACAGCACAACCAUUGUACAUACCACCACAGUAAUAUCCCAAUGUCUCUUGGACCUUAUUUUCCAUGUCGUGAAAAUUUGAAAUUAAUAGGAGGAAAAAGUAAUAUUCGUCCUCCUCGUCCUGAGCUCAAUAUGUGCCUCUUGCCUACCAUGGUGGAAGCCAGCAAGGGCAAAGAUGAUGUUUAUGAUCGUAUGCUGCUAGACUAUUUCUUCUCUUAUCAUCAGUUCAUCCAUCUACUAUGUCGAGUUGCAAUCAACUGUGAAAAGUUCACUGAAACUUUAGUUAAAAUGAGUGUCCUAGUUGCAUAUGAAGGUUUACCACUUCAUCUCGCAUUAUUYCCCAAACUUUGGACUGAGCUGUGCCAGACUCAGUCUGCGAUGUCAAAGAACUGUGUUAAGCUCCUCUGUGAAGAUCCAGUUUUUGCAGAAUACAUAAAAUGUAUCCUCAUGGAUGAACGGACCUUUCUUAACAACAAUAUUGUAUAUACCUUCUUGACCCAUUUUCUUCUAAAGGUCCAAGGGCAGGUGUUUUCUGAAGCAAACUGUGCCAACCUAAUCAAUACUCUAAUUACAAAUCUAAUAAAUCAAUAUCAAAGCCUCGAGUCUGACUUCAGCAACCAGAGAGUUGAAAUUUCCAAAGCAAGCUCCACUUUAAAUGGGGACCUCCGAGCACUUGCCUUGCUGCUUUCAGUGCACACUCCCAAACAGCUCAAUUCAGCCCUGAUUCCAACUCUACAAGAGCUUUUAAACAAAUGUAGAGCUUGUCAGCAGCAGAGGAACUCAUUGCAAGAGCAAGAAGCCAAAGAAAGAAAAACUAAAGACGAUGAGGGAGCGACUCCAGUGAAGAGGAGGCGGGUCAGCAGUGACGAGGAGCACACUGUGGACAGCUGCAUCAGUGACAUAAAAACUGAGCCACGGGAGGCGCUGACCCCGACAAGCACUUCAGAUAACGAGACAAGGGACUCUUCAAUCAUUGACCCUGGCACUGAGCAAGAUCCUCCUUCCCCCGAAAACAGUUCUGUCAAAGAGUACAGAAUGGAAGUUCCAUCUUCAUUUUCAGAAGACAUAAUGUUAGCAACGAGGUCACAACACACAGAAGAGCAGCCGGGAAAUGGGAAAUUUGAGGAGUGCAAGGAAUAUAAAGACCUGCAGACUUCGAAAAAUUCCCUUGUAGCGGAGGAGGACGCUGAGUUUCCUUCCACUUCCAUUUCCGCAGUUUUAUCUGACCUCACGGAUUUGAGAAGCUGUGAUGGUCAAGCCUUACCCUCCCAGGACCCCGACACUAGUUUAUCAAUCAGUUGUGGCCAUUCCAGAGGACUUUUUAGUCACAUGCAGCAGCAUGACAUUUUAGACAUCCUGUGUAGGACCAUUGAGUCUACAAUUCAUGUGGUCACAAGGAUAUCUGGAAAAGGAAACCAAGCUGCUUCUUGACAUUAGAUGGAGCAUGUCUGCUUUUAAGUCUUUUUUUUUUUUUCCUCCCCAAAAUGCUGUUUGUAUAAGUUUUGCUUAUUUCUGUUUUGUGCUUCAGUUUGUCCAGUGCUCUCUGCUUGAAUGGCAAGAUAGAUUUAUAUGCUUAAUUCUUGGUCAGGCAGAACUCCAGAUUUUUAUUUUUAUUUUAUUUUAUUUUUUUUUUUUUUGCAUCUACCGUACACUUUCUUAAAGGGCAAUCAAAUAAUGGGUAUGUUUUAUGUAAUUAAGAGUUCACUGUAGUGGCUUUCAUUUAAUAUGGCUGUCCGGGAGAACAGGGCCUCCUUGCCCUGUAUGAUGUAAUUUAAACUUAUGGCAUUUUUACUGUGUAUAAUAUGGUGUCCUCUGUGCCAGUUUUGUACCUUAUAAUAGAGGCAGAUUGCCUCAGAUCGCUGUGGUUCUUAUUAUCAAAAUUAAGUUUACUUGUAUACUAAACAACCACAAGAAAUUUGAUUCUGUAAAGAAUCCUCUUUAGCUGUGGCCUGGCAGUAUAUAUAUGGUGCUUUAUUUAACAGAAUACCUGUGGAGGAAAUAAAGCACACUUGAUGUAAAAUUAAUUGUUUUAUUUUUAUUGACAUGAUCAAUUGCUAUUCUGUGCACUUCAUUAAACUGAUUGUGAUGACUUUUCA